UUUUAGCGCAAACGUUAAAGUACUCUGUGUGGUUUAUUGUUGUUAGCAAUAAAAGUUUUAUAGAUCAAUUACAAUUAUUUUUUUUCUAAAAUCCAAAAAAAAAAAAAACAAAGCUUAAUAUGAUUAUAUCCGUGUUUAGUAUGAUUCUCCUUGUUGGGGUAAUCAUGAUAACUAUUUCAUACACAUGUUUACUUUUAAGUGGUAAAAAAAAAGCAUUUGUAGCAAUCGGACAUGUUUAUCAAGGAAAAGAAAUUCGAAAAUUUAAACAGGCACCUGGGCCACAUCCAUGGCCAGUAAUCGGAAACUUGGAUAUACUAGGUCGAUUUCAACAUAACCCUUUUCAGGGAUUUGGUGCAUUAACAAAAAAGUAUGGUGAUAUUUACUCCAUAACUCUUGGACAUACACGCUGCUUAGUAGUGAACAACGUCGAUUUAAUAAAAGAAGUCUUAAAUAAAAAUGGAAAAUUCCUUGGCGGACGUCCGGAUUUUUAUAGAUAUCACAAGCUGUUUGGUGGUGAUCGUAACAAUUCAUUGGCCCUGUGUGACUGGUCGCAAUUACAACAAAGGCGGAGAAAUUUAGCAAGACGACAUUGCUCUCCUCGAGAAUCUUCCUCGUAUUUUUCUAAGAUGUCUGAGAUCGGAGGCCUUGAAAUAAAUCAUUUAUUGGACCAGCUUAAUAAAAUGUCUUUAGUAAAUUCGUUCGAUAUAAAACCUAUAAUUCUUAAAGCCAGCGCCAAUAUGUUUUGUCAAUAUAUGUGUUCAGUUCGUUUUAGUUACAACGACUACGAUUUUCAAAAAAUAAUUGAAUACUUUGACGAAAUAUUUUGGGAAAUUAACCAGGGUUAUUCUUUUGAUUUCUUACCUUGGCUUUUACCAUUUUAUACUAAUCACAUUAAAAAAAUAGUGCAUUGGUCAACUAAUAUACGGAAAUUUAUUUUAGAUAGAAUUGUUAAUCGUCGAGAAAUAAAAAUGAAUUUGGACGAACCCGACAAGGAUUUUACUGAUGCUCUGCUAAAAAGUUUAAAAGAAGAUCAAAAUGUGUCCCGUAAUACAAUUAUUUUUAUGUUGGAAGAUUUUAUUGGAGGGCACUCCGCAGUUGGAAAUUUAGUAAUGUUGGCACUGACGUAUAUAGCUAAAAAUCCGACGAUUGGUAUGCUUAUUAGGCAAGAGGUAGAUAAUGUUUCCAAUAGGGGCGAAAGGCGUAUUAGCCUUUACGAUAUGAAUUUAAUGCCAUAUACAAUGGCUUCCAUCUUAGAGGUCCUACGACACUCAUCGUCACCUAUUGUUCCUCAUGUAGCAAUGGAAGAUACAGUGAUAUCUGGAUAUGGCGUUAUAAAGGGUACAAUAGUUUUAAUAAAUAAUUACAUUUUAAAUAUGAGCGAAAAUAACUGGAAUCAUCCAGAUCAAUUUGAGCCAGUUCGUUUUCUAGAAAAAAAUUACAAAAAAAACAUGAGAAGUUCUAUAAAAAUUAAUAAAGGUACUAGAACGAUAGAGAGUUCAGAUUCUGAUGAAGAGAUAAACGAGGAGAAAUAUAAAAAUGGUGGUUUUAAUAAAUUUAUUCAAAACAAACUUAAAGAGAAUAAAAGUCCAAAAGAUAGACAAGCUUUUUCGCUUAAAAAGAAUAUUCCACAUUUCUUACCUUUUAGUGUAGGAAAGCGCACAUGCAUCGGUCAAAACCUGGUUAAAGGAUAUGGGUUUCUACUACUUGCAAAUAUUAUACAAAACUAUAAUGUUAAGUGCUCUGACUUUUCGAAAAUUAAUUUACAAAAGUCAAGUGUGGCCUUACCCACAAAAUGCUUUGAACUAAUUUUGCGGCCAAGAAAUUCAAUUUUGUAAUAUCUGUUAAGUAACCAUAACUUAAAUUUAAUAUCCUCACUAAACAAUAUUGUUAUUAUUUGUAUGUAUUUUAACGUUUUAAAAGACUGCUAACUAUUUUCAUUGUGUAGUUAAAUAUA